GCUCCUCGUAUGAUGUGUUCUUGGAAAGCAGCCGCUUUUGGAUACAGCGUGUGCUCGUACCCAUCGUAACAUUCAUCGGUGUCAUCGGAAACUCGCUGACGAUCGUCAUCAUGACCAGAAGGCGGAUGCGCUCGUCCACCAACAACUACUUGGCCGCGCUCGCCACCGUCGACACGCUGUACCUGUUGGGUGGCUUCACACUCUCACUGAAGCACUAUGAGGUUAUACAGCGAAAAUGCCUGUCCGUAUACUUGCGCUGCUUCCCGAUCCUCAUUCUUUUGACCGACACAUGUAGCAACAGUUCCGUGUGGCUCACGGCAACUUUUACGGUGGAGCGCUACAUCGCAGUCUGUCACCCUAUCAAGAGCAGGGUGCUGUGCACCGAGUCGCGGGCCAAGAAAGCCAUCAUGGGGGUCCUCCUCUUUUGCUUCGCCCUUGCUCUACCGACGCCGUUCGAAUAUGCUCUGGUCGAGGAGCAAGACCCAGUGACCAAUGUGACAAGAGUCAGCCUCAACUAUUCGGAGUUUGGCCGAAAUGAAAUGUACAAAAAGACUUACUACUGGACGACAGUGGUGGUGUUCACUCUGGUGCCGUUCUGUCUGCUGGCCGUGUUCAAUGCGCUUCUCGUACGUUCCGUACACAUCUCGCGGAAGCAGCGCUCCAGAUUGAUUCUGAGAACAGACCCGAGCCGCGACAGCCAGGAGAGCAAAAUCACGAUCAUGCUAAUUGCGGUGGUCAUUCUCUUCUUCUUUUGCCAGCUGCCCACAGCCAUCACGCUUCUCUACACUUCUAUCGGGAACCUACAAGAAGGCAGCGAGCAGGAAAAACUCGUCUUUAUUUUGGGAAAUGUUUUUAAUUUCCUCAUGUCACUGAAUGCGGCCGGAAAUUUCGUACUUUACUGUCUCCUCAGUCAAAAGUACCGGCGCACCUUACUGCAGGUCCUCUGUCCUAUUGGUGCGUUGGUGCGGCUCCAGUCAUUGUCCCAGUGCACUGGAACCAGUAUUAUCCAAUCGGAAGACCGUACUACUGUAAGCAUUCGCACUUGAGCCCCGUUUGCUCCCCCGUACAGAUUCGUAUGAGCCUCUUGAGGCCAAUAGU